CAACCGAAGCCAGGAAGUAUUUUUGUUACACAAGGCGGAAGCGCCUGUUUUUGCUGAACCUGAAAGUGUUUUGGGCAGAAAAAGGAGAAAAGGCAGUUGAAGAGGAACAACACUGGUAUAAAUCCCAGUUCACGGGGCGGAGUGGAGAUCCAUUUUCGUAGCGGGUAAAAGGGGCCACUGCCCGAUUCGCCACCAGAGGUCUGACCCUUGACCUCACUCACCAUCAGUGCCGGUGUGUCCAGGAUCGACUCUGUGUCCUUCCCCCCUCUGAGCGGGUAGUUUUACGCCCACCUCAGGUCAUCGCCAUCCACAGCAGUCCCCCGUCUCUGUCAAUGGCUGGGCGUGGUGGAGGAGCAACCAGGCCCAAUGGUGCCACAGCAGCAAACAAAAUCUGCCAGUUCAAACUGGUGCUGCUGGGGGAGUCGGCGGUGGGCAAGUCCAGCUUAGUGCUGCGCUUUGUCAAAGGACAGUUCCACGAAUUCCAGGAGAGCACUAUUGGAGCCGCCUUCCUCACUCAGACGGUCUGUCUGGACGACACCACUGUGAAGUUUGAGAUCUGGGACACGGCAGGUCAAGAGCGCUACCACAGCCUGGCUCCGAUGUAUUACAGAGGAGCACAGGCGGCCAUCGUGGUCUACGACAUUACCAACACAGAUACUUUUGCACGAGCAAAAAACUGGGUGAAGGAGCUGCAGAGACAAGCCAGUCCCAACAUUGUGAUCGCACUGGCAGGCAACAAGGCGGACAUUGCAAACAAGAGAGCAGUGGAUCUUCAGGAGGCACAAACGUAUGCUGAUGACAACAGUCUACUCUUCAUGGAGACCUCAGCCAAGACUGCCAUGAAUGUCAAUGAAAUCUUCAUGGCUAUUGCUAAGAAGCUACCGAAGAACGAUGCUCAGGGUGGAGCUGGACAAGGUGGACGAACCCGGACAGGAGUGGAUCUACAAGAAGCUGCCCCUCAGGGCCGCAGCGGCCAUUGCUGCGGCGGCAGCCAUUAGCAAGUACAAAACGACGAACUUAGUGAGCGAGCCCUGAACAUUGUUUUAAGGACAACACGUAGCUAAACCCGAGAGGCAGGAGAGAGCAGAGCCACUCGCCACUCCUGCACUUAAACUGAGAUUAAAGAUGAGAUUAUCUGGUUCUCUUUUUAAUAAAGGAACAUUUUUUUAAAAAGAAUCAUAAGCUAGAGGGAUUUACCUGGAUCCCUCACUACUUCUGUCUUUCCCCUGUUUAUCUAUCUACCUCCCUGUUCCCCUUUGCCCUCCAUCUCAGUUGAUUGAAUUCUUGCUUAAAUGAAAUCUUGUUUGAGGGGUGAUAUUGAGUUUUGGUUUUUUUUGCCAUUUCCCCUAAUUUUUGUCUUUUUAUGUUAUGUGUGUAUGUGUAUAUAUAGUAUAUACAUACAUUCACACAGGAAAAAAAACUAUAUACAUAUAUAUAUAAAUUGGCAUUUGUUAACGUCUCUACUUCUGUCAUUUCUAUCAUCAUCAUUAUGAAAGAUAACGAUACCCAACUAUCAAUAAUGCUGAAACUGCAAAAGGCGGAGCGCUUCAUCUUUUUGUCUUAUUGCAAUUUAGAUUACAGCAUUAAUUUCUUCUCUUUAGGGACCAGGACAUGACACAGUUAUAAAAAAAAGCUCAAGACUUUGCUUAUUGAAGCAUGUUGUGAUUUAAUAGGGGACACAUCUGAAGAUGUUUCUGAACUGUGCAACUAAUGCAGUUGUUUGCAUUCCUUGUGUCUUGGUAUCUGUAACACCAGAGAGUUGUUAGCCUUUUUAAAAAAAGAAAAAAAAGAAGAACUGUGAGAAAAACUUGUAAAUCUUAAAAAGUAAUAAAUAACAUGCAAGAUUCA